AUGGCCACCGGCGGCGACAACGGGUGCGGCGGCGGGGGGGCGGCGGCGCCCGGCGGCGGCGACCUGUACGCCGUGCUGGGGCUCAGCAAGGAGUGCUCCGACGCCGACCUCAAGCUCGCCUACCGGAAGCUCGCCAUGAGAUGGCAUCCGGACAGAUGCUCGUCCUCCAGCGGGACCAAGCGCAUGGAGGAGGCCAAGGAGAAGUUCCAGGAGAUCCAGGGCGCCUAUUCCGUCCUCUCCGAUGCCAACAAGCGGUUCCUCUACGACGUAGGGGUGUACCAAGAAGAAGAAGACAGCGACGACAGCAUGCAGGGGAUGGGGGACUUCCUUGGUGAGAUGGCCCAUAUGAUGAGCCAGACACGGCCAGCGAGGCAGGAGAGCUUUGAGGAGCUGCAGCAGCUGUUUGUGGACAUGUUCCAGUCUGACAUUGACUCGGGAUUUUGCAAUGGACCUGCCAAGGGCCAUCAUGACCCGUUCCAAACAUUCUCGACCUUCCCUUCCUCGUCGCCAUCUCCACCACCUCCGCUAGCUACAGAGGCAGAAGCAGCCUCAUGUAACGGCAUUAACAAGCGUGGCUCAUCAGCAAUGGGCUCUGGGAAGCCUCCAAGAACUGGGGAAGCGGGUGCGGGUUACGGCCAGCCUGAGUUUUGUUUUGGGAGGAGCGACGCCAAGCAAGCGCCAAAGGCGCGAGGCGGGAACACCAGCAGGAGACGAAACGGGCAGAAGCAGAAGCCGUCUUCGAAGCACGAUGUCUCGUCCGAGGACGAGAUGCUGAGCCCGCAGCAGCCCAGAGUAGUAUGA